UUCAGUUGUAAAUAACCCAUGUGCCAAGUUCUGUUCAAGCUACAUUUUGCUCGCUUUUAUUAGACAACGAAGCUUUAACACCGAAAGCUGCCACUAUUAGUCUCACGUUACUUUCCAAUACACAUUAUACCUACCUUCGACACUCUCUCUCUAUUAUAUAAUUAUACUCUUGAUAACAUUGACGAUGAUUAUCGCCUUUCCUUUUUAUAGCUUGUACCUGAAGUGGUUGCGGUUACAAUAGUGAUGUAAGUCUGGCAAUAUGCCUCCUGUGCACAGUCUAUUGGAGUUACGGUGACUCCUCCUAAUGAACUCUCUUGUGUGUGCAUACUUCUGUUAACAUGGGAAUUUCCUCUUGGACAUGAGGCAAUGAAUAAUGUGGCAGCCAGCCAAGUGUCAGUACACAUGUUACUACUGGGCAUGCAGGCAAUGAAUAUUGUGGCAGCCACUAGAAAAGUGUCGGUACUUUCAAUGUUCAAUCGAAUUGUGUGCAGAGCAAUGUUUAGCUGGCUUUAGACUGUUACAGUUUUACAGCUAUACAUAGGAGUAUAGAAGACAGUAAGUAUAUGACUGACCCAACAGAUUAUCAAGAACUAGACCAAGAGAAGGCAAUGGAUCAGUCCCCACCAGAGACAGACAAGCAGCCCCUUAUAGGAGCAGAGCCACCAAGGCCAAUGCUAGCUCCUGAAGUGCACCUCCAGCCAAGAUCACUGGCUCCCCCAGGCCCUCAGCAGUACCCCCCACAAUAUGAACAAGCCCCAUUCGGGACUCUGAAUGCGAGUAUCUUCAAGUUUCAAGCCGAGGAAACUAGGGCAAGGCAAACUAACACUACUGUGGUGGUUACACAACCAACAAGUGUUAUCUACCAACAAAAUGUUCCAGCUUGGAUCGGGUCAGAUUUGCUUAUUUACUUAUCAAUAUUCAUCAUGCUUUGUUGCGGAUUACUGCCUGGAUUUGUGGCCUUGGUUUUCGCUUGGGAGGCUCGCAACAAGAAGGAGAUUGGACGAAUUAAGGAGGCCAAAUCUUGGACACUGGCUGCCAUUGUCUGCAAUGUACUCACUGCUCUACUGGGUGUGGCUGCCAUUGUGUUUGUCUACAGAUGUUAUAACUGAAAAAUGGAACUUGACUGUCAGCUUGAACCUAAACUCUUAUGUAGUAUUUGUACUGAACCUCGCAUGUAUACUAGUGGCUAUUAGCAUUCCAUAUAAAUACUUCAUGUGAGAUAAUAACAUGCAUGUUUGUUAAUUGUGCUAUUCUCAACACAAGAUACAAGAUGUUGUAUAUAGUUCGAUGAGAACACUGAACA